UAUCUGCUGUUGAGAGGUAAAAAAGAAACAAAAAUGAAAGGAUAAACCCCUGGAGAGAGAACAAAGGUGUUUCCUUUUCUUUACAAAAUUCCUCAUUUCCAUACCCUAAUUCAGAGAAGAAAGAAGAAAUGAGUGAAAGGCCGGUGCCCAGGAGGGAGAGCCCAUGGGGAGUGUCGGAGGGCGAGCAUCGCCAACCAAAAGCCCACAGAUGCAAUGACCGAGCUGAAGAUCUCAUCCAUGCAUUUUUCGAGGGCAACCCUUUUAAAACAAUUCCAGGCCCUUUCAAGCUGUUUUGGCAGUGCAUGCAAUCGAAACCUGGGGAAGAACCGACGGAGCCUUUCUACUACUUGGAACUGGACCCUCCCAAACGAGAAGUAAAACUUGAGUAGAGCCUUGUGAUUUUGUCUGCUCAAGUUCAAUAUGUAAUCAGAGGUUACAUGUCUCAUUAUCCGUAAUAAUAGUGUAAUUCUGAUUGUUAUGGACAGUGAUCCUGAAGGGAGUUGACGGUCUCAACUUUUUUUAUACGAUAAUUGUGAGAUCGAUAUGUCUUCUUGGAUUCAAUUCUUCAGGAAAAGAUUGCAAAUUUCGCAGCACCGAAUUUGAUAAUUGUGCCAAGAAUGCUAUACUGACUUUAACAUUUGGGUCUAGAUUUUAGUUAGGAAAAUGCAACAUUCAUAAACAUAUUGUAAGUUCAAAUUCGUUCUUUGUUAGAAUAGAUUCCUCCCUUAGUUGAA